CGGUUCGGCGUCUUGUUACAAUUUGAGAUCUCUACUCCGGACGCUCCUACUUUCGCGUUUCAGAUCAUCUGAACCAGAAUCCUGAGUGGCCACUGGUUGUUGUUUAAUACUUUCCUGAUUGCAUGUAACUUUAUUUUGUGCGCUUGAUUAUUUAUUUGUUCACGUCUUUUGUUUUUCUUUUUUUCAAUAGUUCUCUUCGCUUAUGUUAUUCUGAACACUUCCCCACUACACAAAGUACCCUCAGGUUGGACGCAUACAGUUACAAUUUCUACUGGAAGAAAUGUCUUCGAACACGAACUUUUCGAAUUACCCUGAAACUCAUAUCUCAAAAGUUAAAAGGGACAUUUUACAAAGAAUCAACAAAAGUGUUUCCAUAAGUCGUGCCACAAAGAUCAAUGACCUUAAUUUAAAGUAUUGGCUAUCAAAAUCGUUCAUUAUAGCGUCAACUCAUGAAUCCCAAAAUAUUGUUUGUGAUUGUAACCAUCUCAGCUCACACACUGAUGACAAUAUAGGAAGUUACAUCUCCCCUAUACAAUACAGUAACUGUUUAUAUCCAGUUUCGUAUAUGGGCAGUUUGUCGUGGACGUCAAAUUGUGAAGAAUGUAAGGUGAAUGGUGUAAGUUUUUGUCAGAUACAAGGAUCCGAUAAAUCUCUAGAUGACUGCUUUACAUCAGUGAUUCGUUCUCGAAUGCGUAUUUACUUUGGUUGCUGGCUACUUUUAGCUACAGAUUAUCAAUCUGCACGUAUUUUGCGUAAUUAUAAUCUACUUAAAUCAGUUUUACUUUUCUGGAAGUGUGAAUUUGGUUUUAGAACAUCACUAAAACUUUCAUACAGAAAGGCUGCAGAUAUUCAUAACUUGAAUUUAAAGUCACGUUCACUGUUUAUUUGGGUGUCUUACACACAAAGAAAAUUAGAGAAAAACAAGUUAAAACGAAUGGCCAAUGCAAAAUAUCGUUACCAAAAAUUGCGAAACCACAUGACAUGUUGGAAAACAAAACACUUUUUAACUGAAGGAUCUGUUGUUGAAAAAUCCAUGUUAUCUGCAGCAAGAGCUCACGAUCGUCGACAUACAUUACGUAAAGCCUUAUGUAUUUGGAUUUCAAGAAAUCAGUUUUGGCAACAAAAAAGAUCAUUACUUAAAACUGCAUUGAAGUUUCUUGAAAACAACUUGCAUAAAGGUAUUAUGGUAUCAGUAAUUCGAGAAUGGUGUCAUCAAGUUUUAGAUAUUCAGAUGUCAAGUAAGCAUAAUAGGUAUCGAAUUCUGAAAACUUUUCUCAAAAUUUGGUCACAUCGAACUGAAGUGACUAUUAUGGAACGUCAAAUGUAUGAUUCUGCUUGUACUAUGUAUUCUAUUUCAAUGCGUCGUUUUUAUUUUUUGUUAUGGAGAAACUAUGCAAACCAUAGGCAGAAAAUAUACAAGCAAACGAAAAUGGGUAUUCGAUUUUACAAAAUAAAUCAAAUGAAAAAGUACUUAAACGCUUGGAUGAAUUACCGUUUGUUGGCUGUUGAUCGUCGUAAUAAUGUUCAAUCUAUGGUUAUGAAAUAUAAUACAUCAUUAAUUAGACAAUGUUUAUUGAAAUGGAAAGAUUACUGUACUCUUAAACAAUCAUUUCUGUCGAAAAUAUCUCAAUUUAAAAUGUAUCAGAAAAAUGCAUUACUUAAAGAAUAUUUUCAAUACUGGCUGAAUAAUCUUCACUGUAAACAAUCACAAGAAUUAAUAAUCUAUGAUUUUAGACAACAAAUGCAAAUGCAAUUCAUAAAAAAAUUAUUUCUUGCUUGGUUACAAUGGGCUUUCAGUCAUCGACAAUAUCGUUUAAAAAUUCAACGGACUUUUGAAUUAAGUUUAGAGAAUAUACGAAUUGUUACUAUACGAAUUUGGUGGACACGUUGGAGAUCGAUGCAUAAUUAUUGUUUAAACAUUCAACUUGCAUAUAGACUUUAUAAAAAGCAUAUACUUGUUCAAUGUUUUAACAGUUGGUCUACUUUUAUUACUAAUGAAAAAUAUAAUAAAAAAUUAAUGAACAUGGCUAAUGAUUUUCGAAUGCAAACAAUUCAGAAACAAUUUUUCAACCAAUGGCAUACAAAACUAAUUGAAUAUCAUAAAUUUCAAACUUUACAAUCCAUCGCUUUAAUACGAUGGUCUUUAUGCUUACAAUUAAAAGUUUGGAAAGCUUGGCAUUUAUGGAUUGAAAAACAAAAAUCUAAAAAAAAUCAACGAAAACUUGCUCUUCAACGAUAUUAUGAGCAUAAAACUAUGGAUGCUUUAAGAGUAUGGAUUAUUGUGGCAUUGAAUAGACGUCAUGAAAGACAUAGGAAUUAUUGUGAAAAAUUUUGGAACAAUAAUAUUCGUGUAUUUAACUUAGUACUAAAUAUAGCAACACAUUGGUAUUGGUGUACUUUUUCUAGAAAGAGAAAUCAACAUUUCAAUGAACCUACUACAAACAGUGUUUGGAUUGAUAUGUCUAAGUUGACUAAUGAAAAUCAUAUCUCUACACUUAAAGAUAAUGGCAGCAGUUUGAAAAUAAUUCGAAAUAAAGAAUUAACACCUGCACGUUAUCCAGAUUUCAUUUUCUCUGAAUUGAAUUCACUUGGACUUACAAAUAAUAAUACUGUGCAGUUCGAACAAUCAUCAAUUCAUGUAUCAUCGUCAUGCAUUGAAACUAGUCAUCAUGAGACGACAACCAACUGUCCAGUUACACAUUGUUCUAGUUAUUCAUUUCCCAAUAUUCCAGAUAUUCAUAAAAUUAAUUUUUAUUUAAACUCCUUGAUGGAGCGGAUAUCUUAUUACAGAAUGAUAAAAUAUAAAUAUAAAUUGAUGCAUCAACGCUUAUGUUUAAAUGGUCAGUUAAAGAAUAGACUUACUUGUAAUCAAGAAGGAUCGCUAAAUUUAUCUUCAGAAUAUCAAUUGAAGGUGGAAAAAGACACAUGUAACUUCCUCAUCAAAGAACUACGUGCGUACUUUGUUCAAUUAUCUGAGUCUACAUGAUAUAAAAGGAUUGUGGGUUGUUGAUUUUUUAACCUUCCAUAGAAUCCUCUCGAUCCUCAAUGUCAACUGCAUUUUCUAUACUCCUUCAAUAAAAGUCGUUUGGCGCAUUAGUUUUUACUGAUGAUAUCAUGUCUUUCAAAUGUAAUAAUGUUGUAAAUCUUCGUUGGAAGUUAUUUUGACUUUGGUACGUUAAUAAAAUAUUUGAUGUUAUCUCAUGAUUCUUUUUCUACAUAUUUUUCGAA